AUGAGCACCAUGCGGCUGCUGCUGCUCGCCCUGCUCUUCUCGUCCUCCUUCGCGCGGGCCGGCUGCGACCCCAAGAUCGUCAACAUCGGCGCGGUGCUGAGCACCAAGAAGCACGAACAGAUCUUCCGCGAGGCGGUGAAUCAGGCCAACAAGAGACACGGCACCUGGAAGCUCCAGCUCAACGCCACCUCGGUCACGCACAAGCCCAACGCCAUCCAGAUGGCUCUCUCCGUCUGCGAGGACCUCAUCUCCAGCCAGGUCUAUGCAAUAUUAGUUAGUCACCCUCCUGCUCCAAAUGAUCACCUAACACCAACACCUGUAUCAUACACAGCUGGCUUCUACAGGAUCCCUGUCAUUGGUCUGACAACACGCAUGUCUAUAUAUUCUGAUAAGAGCAUCCACCUGUCCUUUUUGCGCACGGUCCCACCAUAUUCUCACCAGGCCAAUGUCUGGUUUGAGAUGAUGAGAGUCUUCAACUGGAAUCACGUCAUUCUGAUAGUCAGUGACGACCAUGAAGGUCGUGCUGCACAAAAGAAGCUGGAGACCCUCUUAGAGGAGAGAGAGUCCAAGGCUGAGAAAGUUCUUCAGUUUGACCCAGGAACCAAAAAUGUGACGUCCCUGCUGCUUGAAGCUAAGGAGCUGGAGGCUCGGGUCAUCAUCCUUUCUGCCAGUGAGGAUGAUGCGGCCACGGUGUACAGAUCAGCAGCCAUGCUCAAUAUGACGGGCUCCGGCUACGUGUGGCUAGUAGGGGAACGGGAGAUAUCAGGCAAUGCACUGCGUUACGCUCCUGAUGGUGUGAUUGGUUUGCAGCUCAUCAACGGGAAGAACGAGUCAGCCCACAUCAGUGAUGCUGUUGCUGUGGUGGCCCAGGCUGUGCAUGACUUGUUUGAGAAGGAGAAUAUCACAGACCCACCACGUGGUUGUGUGGGCAACACCAACAUCUGGAAGACAGGCCCCCUUUUCAAGAGGGUGUUGAUGUCCUCCAAGUACUCAGAGGGUGUCACUGGACGGGUGGAAUUCAAUGAAGAUGGGGACAGGAAGUUUGCCAAUUACAGCAUCAUGAAUCUGCAGAACCGGAAACUGGUCCAAGUUGGGAUUUACAAUGGCAGCCAUGUCUUGACCAAUGACAGGAAGAUCAUCUGGCCUGGGGGGGAAACUGAGAAACCUCAAGGCUACCAGAUGUCGACCAAAUUGAAGAUAGUGACGAUCCAUCAAGAGCCUUUUGUGUACGUGAAGCCUACACAAGCAGAUGGGACGUGCAGAGAGGAAUUCACCAUCAAUGGAGACCCUGUGAAAAAGGUCUUUUGUACUGGUCCCAAUGAGACCAUCCCAGGCCGCCCCACUGUGGCACUGUGCUGCUACGGCUUCUGCAUUGACCUGCUCAUCCGGCUGGCAGGGGUGAUGAAUUUCACCUAUGAGGUUCACCUGGUGGCUGAUGGUAAAUUUGGUACCCAAGAGCGGGUUAACAACAGCAAUAAGAAGGAGUGGAAUGGGAUGAUGGGGGAGCUACUGAGCGGCCAGGCAGAUAUGAUUGUGGCUCCUCUUACCAUCAACAACGAGCGGGCACAGUACAUUGAGUUCUCCAAGCCCUUCAAGUACCAAGGCCUCACUAUUCUUGUGAAGAAGGAAAUCCCCCGCAGCACCCUGGACUCGUUCAUGCAGCCGUUCCAGAGCACCCUUUGGCUGCUGGUGGGGCUGUCUGUGCAUGUGGUGGCAGUGAUGUUAUACCUCUUGGAUCGCUUCAGCCCAUUUGGCCGGUUCAAAGUGAACAGCGAGGAGGAGGAGGAGGAUGCCCUGACUCUUUCAUCUGCCAUGUGGUUCUCCUGGGGAGUUCUGCUGAACUCUGGGAUUGGAGAAGGCGCUCCCCGGAGUUUCUCUGCCCGUAUUCUUGGCAUGGUGUGGGCUGGCUUCGCUAUGAUCAUUGUGGCUUCCUACACUGCCAACUUGGCUGCCUUCCUGGUGUUAGAUCGGCCUGAGGAGAGAAUUACAGGCAUUAACGACCCCAGGCUGCGCAACCCCUCUGAUAAAUUCAUCUAUGCCACAGUGAAGCAGAGCUCGGUGGACAUUUACUUCCGACGGCAGGUGGAGCUGAGCACCAUGUAUCGGCAUAUGGAGAAGCACAAUUAUGAGAGUGCUGCUGAAGCCAUCCAGGCCGUGAGGGACAACAAGCUCCAUGCCUUCAUCUGGGACUCAGCAGUGCUCGAGUUUGAAGCCUCCCAGAAGUGUGACCUGGUGACGACGGGAGAACUUUUCUUCCGCUCUGGCUUUGGGAUCGGGAUGCGCAAAGACAGCCCAUGGAAGCAGAACGUCUCCCUGGCCAUCCUCAAGUCCCAUGAGAAUGGCUUCAUGGAGGAUUUGGACAAGACUUGGGUGAGGUAUCAGGAGUGUGAUUCCCGUAGCAAUGCCCCAGCAACCCUCACCUUUGAAAAUAUGGCAGGUGUGUUUAUGCUGGUGGCUGGAGGUAUUGUUGCCGGGAUAUUUUUAAUAUUCAUAGAAAUAGCUUACAAAAGGCAUAAGGACGCGCGGAGGAAGCAGAUGCAGCUGGCGUUUGCGGCCGUUAAUGUGUGGAGGAAAAACCUGCAGGAUAGAAAAAGUGGUAGAGCAGAACCUGACCCUAAAAAGAAAGCCACUUUUAGGUCCAUCACCUCCACCCUGGCCUCCAGCUUCAAGAGACGUAGGUCCUCCAAGGAUACGCCCUGCAGAAUGGUCCCUCAGGAGUGCCAGAGAGACAGGCUGGCACCAUGGAGCCAAGACAGCCCUGGGAAGCUACCAUCCCACUCUGAACGUCCUAGCGCCCACCAUCACCCGAGCUGCACAGCCUCUCCGCGGCACAUCAUCCCCACCGCCCCAGGAGGAGAUGCAUGUGUUCCCCAUAGGCAGCUCCUGCAACUCGAAUAGCACUCGCAGAGCUGAUGUACUGCCAUCCAUCGCAACCACCCACGAUACUGCAACCCCACAGAAGCCAUGUGAGAUGCAUAAACCACACAGACACCUUCUAAGCCGGCACAUUUUGUACAGACAUGUAAUGAGACGCACAGAUCCCUUAGCCCCCACUGCAGAUGUUGUCAGCCCCCGCAGAGUCAAAUUGCCAGCCCAUGGGUCCCCA